GUGCCCGGCGGGGCGGGCCCAGCCACGGGCGGUGCCGCCCCAUAAGAAGGGGCCCGGGCGCCGGCCACCGCCCUUCUUCGCCCGCAGUACGUUCGGGUUCCCCUGCUCUGCUCUGCUCCGCUCCCGGAUUACAAAGCCCGCGCCGCCGCCGCCAUGAGCAGCAGCACCAAGAACUCCUCGUACCGCCGCAUGUUCGGCGGGGGCAGCCGCCCCAGCACCGGCACCCGCUACAUCACGUCGAGCAGCCGGUACUCGCUGGGCAGCGCCCUGCGGCCCAGCACGGCCCGGUACGUGUCCGCCUCGCCCAGCGGCAUGUACGCCAGCAAGACGACGUCGGUGCGGCUGCGGAGCAGCAUGCCGCCCAUGCGGCUCCACGACUCCGUGGACUUCUCCCUGGCCGACGCCAUCAACACGGAGUUCAAGGCGAACCGCACCAACGAGAAGGUUGAGCUGCAGGAGCUAAAUGACCGCUUCGCUAACUACAUCGACAAGGUGCGCUUCUUGGAGCAGCAGAACAAGAUUCUGCUGGCCGAGCUGGAGCAGCUUAAGGGCAAGGGCACGUCCCGCCUGGGCGACCUCUACGAGGAGGAGAUGCGGGAGCUGCGGCGGCAGGUGGACCAGCUCACCAACGAUAAAGCACGCGUGGAAGUGGAGCGGGACAACCUCGCCGACGACAUCAUGCGGCUGCGGGAGAAGUUGCAAGAAGAGAUGCUUCAGAGGGAGGAGGCCGAGAACACCCUGCAGUCCUUCAGACAGGAUGUUGACAAUGCCUCUCUGGCACGUCUUGAUCUUGAGCGCAAAGUUGAGUCCCUGCAAGAGGAGAUUGUCUUCUUGAAGAAGCUUCAUGAUGAGGAAAUCCGAGAACUGCAGGCCCAACUCCAGGAACAGCACAUCCAAAUUGAUAUGGAUGUUUCUAAGCCUGAUCUCACUGCUGCCCUGCGUGAUGUUCGCCAACAGUAUGAAAGCGUUGCUGCUAAGAAUCUUCAGGAAGCUGAAGAGUGGUACAAGUCCAAAUUUGCAGAUCUCUCUGAAGCUGCUAAUAGGAACAACGAUGCCCUGCGCCAGGCCAAACAAGAAGCCAAUGAGUACCGCAGACAGAUCCAGUCUCUCACCUGCGAAGUUGAUGCUCUUAAGGGAAGCAAUGAGUCCCUGGAGCGCCAAAUGCGUGAAAUGGAGGAGAAUUUUGCUAUGGAAGCUGCUAACUACCAGGACACUAUUGGCCGUCUGCAGGAUGAGAUUCAGAACAUGAAGGAAGAAAUGGCUCGCCAUCUGCGUGAGUACCAGGACCUGCUGAAUGUAAAGAUGGCUCUUGAUAUUGAGAUUGCCACCUACAGAAAGCUGCUGGAGGGUGAAGAAAGCAGGAUUAACAUGCCCAUUCCAACCUUUGCUUCUUUGAACCUGAGAGAAACCAACAUUGAGUCUCAGCCAAUGGUUGACACUCACUCAAAGAGGACACUUCUAAUUAAGACCGUCGAAACUAGAGAUGGACAGGUUAUUAAUGAAACUUCCCAGCAUCAUGAUGACUUGGAGUAGAGCUGAAGUGAAGAUGCAUACUUAAUUAAUGCAGGAGAAAUUCUUACCAGCAAGAUUGAAAAAGUCCAUGUCUUAAAGGAAGAAACAGCUUUCAAGUGCCUUUCUGCAGUUUUUCCAUGAGCGCAAGAUGAUUAUGCUAGGAAAUAGGUCUUAGAUCUUGCAAACUGACUCUCCCUGAAAGAUUAGAGUUUACAAUGGAGUCUAGUUUACAAAUAGCAAUAUCUUGUGCUGCAAUACUGUUUUUAAGUAUCAGAAUUCAAUAAAACUGCUUUUUUCCAGCACAGUAUGAGCAACCUGUCGCUACUUCAAUAAAUCUUUGGAAAAUGGCUCUUGAUGUGUUCUAAUUUGUUAACUUCAUGACUUUCUGGAAAGCCAUAACAACAUAAUGCUGGAAUUACUAUACGGUUGACAUCUCUAGUACUGGCUGUGUGGAAUGCUGUUUUCUCAGUUUAACUAGAUAAACUGUUUUACUCAUUUACUGCUUAGGUUUUGGAACCAACUAAAUGGACUAUAACUGGCAGAUGCAUAAUGUAUUACGAUAUUUCUUAUCAAUUGAAUAAAAUAUGAUACUUCAAGCUAA